AUGGGUGGUGAGGUAUCAACUGAGGGGGAUGUAUAUAGCUACGGAGUCCUUGUGCUGGAAAUGUUUACAGGAAGGUCUCCCACUGAUGAUAUGUUUAAAGAUGGUCUGAAUCUCCAUUAUUUUGUUAAGAUGGCAUUACCAAAAAGACUUGCUCAAGUUGUUGACCCAAUGCUUUUGCCAAGAGAAGUUGAAGAAUUAGGAGUUGCAAUUGUAGUAAUGAUGGCAACAGAAAAAGAUGACAGUGAUAAUGAAAUUGAAGUAGAAGAAGCUAAUAAUAUUGAGGAUUCUAUGCAUAUUGAUGUUGACACGCAAAAGUGCUUACUCUCAAUUCUUAAUAUUGAAAUCUUAUGUUCAUUGGAAUCCCCAAAAGAGAGAAUGUGUAUGGAGGAAGUCAUUAAGGAACUGAAACUGAUAAAAAGUGCUUUCGUUAGUUUGGGAAUGCACAGAGACAGACCAAGUAGAGCUCAAGUAAGGGGUAUUUAG